AUGUCCGAAGAGCGACAUAUCGUUAUUGUUGGAGGUGGUAUUAUUGGAUGCAGUAUCGCCUACUUUUUGAGUCAGCGCUCAGAUUGUCCUAAGGUGACUGUUUUGGAAUCAAGCAAAGAUGUCGCCCCGGGUGCCUCUGGCAAAGCUGGUGGUUUUUUGGCACUGGACUGGCACGGAACAUCCACUGCUAGUCUGGCGGCAUUGAGUUUUGAUCUGCAUCGAGAGUUGGCCGAAAAAGAAAAUGGUGCUGAACUUUGGGGUUACCGCACGGUCGACACUCAUCAACUAAGCUUGGAUACUUCUCGCAAGUCUCGCACCCGUCCCAAGCUUGACUGGCUCAACCAGAACGUAUUCUUAACUAUGAGCUUGAUUGGUGGUGGUGGAACGACAGCGCAAGUGACACCUGGCAAACUCACUCGUUUCCUAGUGAAAAAAGCGCAGGAUGCCGGGGUUUCUCUUCGUGUGCAAACCAAAGCCCAGGGCCUCUCCUUCGGGGACGAUGGCAAGGUAAACGGUGUACAGAUUCGUGCCGAUGGUAGGGAGGAACUCUUGCCUGCAACAGAUGUCGUUUUGGCUACGGGUCCAUGGACAGGCAAGCUACUCCAGUCUUGGUUCACGCCUGACACCAUGCCAUCUUAUCUGCGCUCAGCUGCCAUGAUUGAGGGCAGUCGUGCACACAGCAUUGUAAUCCAGGCUGCAAAGCGUCACCAACUGUCGGCUGACUGCUUCUUCUCUGAGAUGCGUUAUGGUACAUCAGCGGGUGCCCCCGAAUUCUAUAUUCGCCCGAAAGGCGAGGCUUAUGCGGCAGGAGGAACUGAUGAUGUCCCGAUUCCUGAGCUAGCAGAUGACGUUUCUUAUGACCCGAAACGCACGGCGGAACUGCAGCGCCAAUGCGCUGCACUGAGCCCAGACUACUUGGACGUGAAACGCGGUGCCGAGCUGAUUGCUGAGCAAGCUUGCUAUUUGCCUAUUUCACCCCGUACAGCUGCUCCCAUCCUGGGCGGCUCUGUAGAACAGGGUGUAUACAUCGCUUCCGGUCACGCUGUUUGGGGUAUUAGUAACAGUUUGGGCACGGGCAAGGUGAUGGAAGAACUGCUGAUGGAUGGCAAGGUCACAAGUGCAGACAUUCGUCAUUUACACCCGUGA